ACCCCUACAGUUUUCCCGACACCUCCCAGUCUGAUUGCGGCUGAGGCCGGUCCUGGCUUUGUAGCUCGCUCAAGAUGGCGGCGCAGCCACCCAGCGGGAUCCGCCUCAGCGCGCUUUGCCCGAAGUUUUUACAUACAAAUUCUACCAGUCACACUUGGCCAUUCAGUGCAGUUGCUGAGUUAAUAGAUAAUGCAUAUGAUCCUGAUGUGAAUGCUAAACAGAUAUGGAUUGACAAAACAGUAAUAAAUGACCACAUAUGCUUGACAUUCACAGAUAAUGGGAAUGGUAUGACUUCAGAUAAAUUACAUAAAAUGCUAAGCUUUGGCUUCAGUGACAAAGUCACCAUGAAUGGUCAUGUCCCGGUUGGAUUGUAUGGGAAUGGCUUCAAGUCAGGCUCUAUGCGUUUGGGUAAAGAUGCAAUUGUAUUUACCAAAAAUGGAGAAAGCAUGAGUGUAGGCUUCUUGUCUCAGACCUACUUGGAAGCCAUAAAAGCAGAACAUGUUGUUGUCCCGAUAGUGGCAUUCAACAAGCACCGACAGAUGAUUAAUUUAGCAGAAUCAAAAGCAAGCCUUGCUGCAAUUCUGGAAUAUUCUCUGUUUUCUACGGAACAGAAAUUAUUGGCAGAACUUGAUGCUAUUAUGGGAAAGAAGGGGACAAGGAUCAUCAUUUGGAAUCUUAGAAGUUACAAAAAUGCAACAGAAUUUGAUUUUGAGAAGGAUAAAUAUGAUAUCAGAAUUCCUGAGGAUUUAGAUGAGACAUCUGGAAAGAAAGGGUACAAGAAGCAAGAAAGAAUGGACCAAAUUGCCCCAGAAAGUGACUAUUCCCUGAGGGCUUACUGCAGUAUAUUGUAUCUAAAGCCAAGAAUGCAGAUCAUCUUACGUGGACAGAAAGUGAAGACACAACUAGUUUCGAAGAGUCUUGCCUACAUUGAACGUGAUGUCUAUCGACCCAAAUUUUUAACUAAAACAGUGAGAAUUACUUUUGGAUUCAACUGCAGAAAUAAAGAUCAUUAUGGGAUAAUGAUGUAUCACAGAAAUAGACUCAUCAAAGCUUAUGAAAAAGUUGGAUGUCAGUUAAGGGCAAACAAUAUGGGUGUUGGAGUAGUUGGAAUUAUAGAAUGUAAUUUCCUUAAGCCUACUCAUAAUAAACAAGAUUUUGAUUAUACAAAUGAGUACAGGCUUACAAUAGCAGCCCUAGGAGAAAAGCUGAAUGAUUAUUGGAAUGAAAUGAAAGUCAAGAAAAAUGCCGAAUAUCCUCUAAAUUUGCCUGUUGAAGAUAUACAGAAACGUCCUGAUCAGACAUGGGUUCAAUGUGAUUCCUGUCUAAAGUGGCGAAAAUUACCAGAUGGGAUAGAUCAACUUCCAGAAAAAUGGUAUUGCUCCAAUAACCCUGACCCACAGUUCAGAAAUUGUGAGGUUCCAGAAGAACCCGAGGAUGAAGAUUUGGUACAUCCUACUUACGAAAAAACCUACAAAAAGAACAACAAGGAAAAAUUCAGGAUCAGACAACCGGAAAUUAUUCCUCGGAUUAAUGCUGAACUUUUAUUUCGGACAACCCCAGCUUCAAGUCAGAGCUUUUCUCCUGCAAAGGAAAGUGUUCCAAGAGGACAUCAUUCAGAAGUGACAAAUUCUUAUGCAACAAGACUUAUGAAUAAUCAUCGUGUUUCAGCCCAGUCUGAACCAGAGAGCAGCAGCCUGAAACGGAGACUCCCUACUCGUUCCUCAAUUUUGAAUGCAAAGAGUCGAAGAUUGAAUAGUCAGUCAUUUGAAAAUUCACCUUAUAAAGAUGAUGAUGAUGAUGAUGAUGAUGAAGACGUCAUUAUCUUAGAGGAAAACAGUACUCCCAAACCUGCAGUAGAUCAUGAUAUUGAAGUGAAAUCAGAACAGAGUCACGUUGAACAAAGUGGUGUUCAGGUUGAGCGUGUAGGUGAUAGUGAACCUUGUGGCCAGAUGAGCUCAGCAAGCAGCUCAUCAUCCAAGUGUGAUCAGGGAACUACUGCAGCCACUCAGACAGAAGUACCAAGUCUAGUUGUUAAAAAGGAAGAAGCUAAUGAAGAUGAGAUAGAUGCAAGAAAUGAUACAGCAAUACUACCCUCCUGUGUAGCAGUUGAAGCAAAGAUACACGAAACCCAAGAAAUAGGUGAUAAACUUGCAGAUGAGGCUAGCUGCAAAUUACAUGAACUAAGAAAUGAGCUACUUCUAGUCACCCAAGAAAAAGAAAGUUAUAAAAGACAGUGUCAUAUGUUUACUGACCAAAUCAAAAUGUUACAACAGAAGAUACUAGAAAUGAAUGACAAAUAUGUGAAAAAGGAAACUUGCCACCAAUCUACUGAAACUGAUGCUGUGUUUUUACUUGAGAGUAUUAAUGGUAAAUCUGAAAGUCCAGACCAUAUGGUGUCUCAGUAUCAGCAAGCUUUGGAAGAAAUAGAAAGGCUAAAAAAACAAUGUAGUACUUUGCAACAUGUGAAGACUGAAUGCAGUCAGUGCUCCAGUAAUGAGAGUAAAAGUGAGAUGGAUGAAAUGGCUGUGCAGCUUGAUGAUGUGUUUAGACAACUGGAUAAAUGCAGUAUUGAGAGGGACCAGUAUAAAAAUGAGGUCGAACUAUUGGAAAUGGAAAAAUCACAAAUCCGUUCACAGUGUGAAGAACUCAAAACUGAAAUUGAUCAGUUAAAAUCUGCAAGUCAACACAUAGGAACAGUUGUUUCAACUUCAAGUAGCAUGGAGGAUUCUGUUAAUAAUAUGGAUGGGGAAAGCCUCAAACUUCGAUCUCUUCGAGUGAAUGUAGGACAGCUGCUGGCCAUGAUUGUGCCUGAUCUUGAUCUUCAGCAAGUGAAUUACGAUGUUGAUGUAGUCGAUGAGAUUUUAGGACAAGUUGUCGAACAAAUGAGUGAAAUCAGUAGUACUUAAAGUACAUUUUGUGUGAGCUAAUAAAAAUAUUUGCGCACUUAUUUUGGUUGUACAGCUUUCCAAAUGUAAACAAUUUUGUUUUAUAGGUAUGGUAGGUAACAGAAUGAAGAACCAUAAUUUUGACUGUAUUCUAUGCAUUUAAGUGUGCUCACAAAUACUGUGAACACACGGUCACAUCUUUUGAAAUACUUAUGUAUUGUUGGUAUUGAGCAGCUGAAAAGCUAAUUCAUUAUUCUGAUUUGAAUGUAAAUAUUUGUAAUUAAAUCUGCAGAUAUUUUUUUAUUGCCCUAGAGUACUUAAGGGUUUUCACCAGGAGCUUUUCAGGUUGUCUCUAACCUUUGUGCAAUUUUUUUCUGGUUCCCCAAAUGUAUUUUUCUCUGAAUCUUGAGGGCUGUGCCAAAAUACAUAUGGAGAUAUUACCUUUGAUUUUCUUAUAAAGGAAUUUAGAUAGACUUUUUAAAUAAUGUAUUGACAGUCCUGAUACAACUCUAGUUAUAAGUGAAUUGAGCAUUGGUGUUUCUUUUCUAUAAAUUCCUAUUUUAUUUCCUGAAAUACUUUCUUCAUGAAAAUAAGGUAAGCAGAAACUGACUCCAUUUUGCCAGGAUUUUUGUUGUGCUGAGAUUGCCAAUCGUGAUUAAACACGAGGUGUUUUUAUAGAACAAAGAAACAGUCUUUACUAUAAAAAGAAUAUUGACCACCAAGUUUACUUUAAAGCCCAUUUUUGGCUGUUUAGUCAGAAUGGAGUGGGCACAAUAAUUAUUUAAUAUUUCUUUUUGUGAAAUUUCCUGUACAGCCUUUUGUAGGAUUACUACAGAUGGGGACCAGCAGAUUACGUAAUGGUUUACAUCACUGGGCUCCCAUGUAACCCACCAUGGUUCGAGUCCCAGACCCUGCAGCUUCAGACUCAUGCCAAGUGUGUGUGCAUGCUCAA